AUGGCCUUCAAUAUCACCGAGCAUGUUAUUGACAGUCAGUAUAUUCGAGAAUAUCCCCGGUCUACGGCGACACAAGAUGCAUCCUUGAGGCUUGCAAUCAAGAAAUAUGCGCCAACCGACAACCCAAAACCACUUCCUGGCGAUGUGACGAUAAUUGCGGCUCACGGCACUGGAUUUCCCAAGGAACUCUACGAGCCAUUGUGGGAGGAUCUCCUCGCCCGAAGCAAACAAGAUGGAUAUCGUAUCCGGGCCAUUUGGAUGGCGGAUGCCGUGAACCAAGGAGCCAGUGGGGUCUUGAACGAGGAGCAUCUAGGAAAUGACCGUACGCCGCCCUUCAAUCUCAUCAUCCGAAUCACAUGCACAGAAGAGACUGACAUAUCUCAUCAGCUUCAUGGGUCGAUCACGGUCGGGAUCUGCUACAUAUGA